AACAGCUUGGGCAAUGGGAACAUAUUGGUGUGGAAAAGAAAGGCUGAGCGGUAUCUUGCUGAUUCUGGUCUCCCUUACACAAUUAUAAGGGCUGGAGGCCUGCAAGACAAAGAAGGAGGAAUCCGUGAGCUUCUGGUUGGGAAGGAUGACGAGCUUCUUCAGACCGAGACAAGGACCAUUGCAAGGCCUGAUGUUGCUGAAGUCUGCAUUCAGGCAGUCCAGUACGAGGAGUCUAAGUUCAAGGCUUUUGAUCUGGCAUCAAAGCCAGAGGGAACCGGCACCCCGACCACUGACUUCAAGGCUCUCUUCUCCCAGAUCACCACCCGUUUCUGA